UGACGACAAAGGGACUCCUCAUCACUCUCACCUCGCAUCUCGUCGCCGUCGUCUUCGUCUUCGACCCAUCGGACGCUUCUGCUGCCACAUCCUUGUGCUCUGGAAGGGGGCCAUCCCGUGAGCAGACGGGAUCUUGCAGAACAUCACCUCCUGAGGCUCCUCGCCUCGCGCCAUGCCUCCCCCUGCUGCCGGACCCAUACGCCUGCACUCUCGCGUAUAUGUCGCCAAAUUCGGGCAUGGAACUGUGCUCUUCGUUGGUCAGACUUCCUUCGCUGCAGGCGUAUGGGUGGGAAUCGCUCUUGACCCUGACGAGGGGGAAGGAAAGAAUGAUGGCAGCGUAGCAGGCAAGAGAUACUUCGAAGCCGAGCCUGGCAGGGGUAUCUUUGUGAGACCGACUCAGAUAGAGGUUCUCCCCGAAGAAGAGUACGAAGAGGAAGAAGAAGAGACGGCAGAGGAUGUGACUGUUGAGCCAUACACGAUCGAUCAAGAUCAGUCGGGAGACAGCCGUGGCGCAGACACAUUGAGUCAGGCUUCCCCUCCGGCUAGCAUGCUACGUGGACUGCCAUCAACACCGCAGGUCCGCACAACUGCACCGGGAGCAUCAAUCGCCCCUUCUUCGCUUCGUCGACUCCCCAGUACCGAUUCACGGAGUGGUCUGCCCAGCAUCGGCCGGUCCAGUAGCCCAGACAAGAGCACCAUGCGACCUCCCUCGCGGCCUGCCUCACGUCCUUCACUGGUCUCGCGUUCUUCGGUCGCUUCUUCGGUAGCCUCCUCCGUCGGCACUGCCCCCGCUAGUCGUCGUUCAGUCGUAUCAUCUCCAUCGAAGUCUGGCCCUCCCAGUCGUGCAUCUCCAGCCAAGCCUGCUUCGACGACACCGGCUGCCAGAUCUGCUGCUCCUCUUCGCCCAGUGACGUCCGGAAGGACUUCCGUCGCUUCCGCUGUGCGUCCAGGUGCCCCUGCCAGGCCAGCGGCCCCAAGAUCUACCACGAGUGGCACAAAUACUGGUACUGCAGUCCGCCCGACACCUUCGACGAGCGUCAGUAGAGCUACACCUAUUAGCCAGUCACGCCCAGGACUUAGACCGGCCGCUAGCUCUAGUGCAACGAGUGCGGCCCCCGAUGCACAGAGUACCUCGGCAAGAGCCGCUCUGCGACCAGUCACCAAGGCCCGUCCCAGCAUGAUGGCCCCGUCUCUCAGCCGAGGUGAAAGUGCAACCUCAGGCCGGACCCAAAUGCUGUCGCGUCGAAGUUCUGCAGAUACGUCAGACCAAGCAACGCCGACAGCCAGAGGCUUUGAGCACGUAGAUCUAUCAUUGAGUCCCAGUGCCGAAGCUCGUCAGCGACUGAACGUUGCCCGAGCCAAGGCGGAGUCGCAGCGAAAUCCUCCGUCUCAAGAGACGCAGCUCUAUUCGGAAGACGACGAGGAAGAUCUAGUUGGCACUGCUCUGUCUGAUGGCAUGGACGACCUUCAAAGACCGGCAGCCAUCGUCUCAGCCGCUCAGAGUCAAGAGCUUGCCGCCCUCAAACGCGAAAUUGAGGAGCUCCGCGUUCGGAACAGGCUCAACGAGAAGCGAAGGGACGAGGAGAGGGUCAAGGUGAAGGAGCUUGAGAGCUGGAAGGAAGAGGUCGCUGAGAAGCUCAAGACAAGCGACAGUACCACGGAGAAGGCUCAAAAGCUGUCGGCGGAAGUUUUGAGCCUGCAGACUACAGAGCGGGAACUCGUCAUCCUCAAGAGCGAGCUUGAAGAACGAGUCGAGGAGUUGAGCGAGCAGCUGGAAAUGGCCGCCCUCGAUCGAGAGGUUGCAGAAGAGAAAGCCGAAGCUGCCGCUGCCGACCUUCAAGAAAUCAAACAGCUCAACGAAGAGCUCUCACUGGAGCUUGACCUUCUUCGCGAGGAGAAUAAGGCGUACGAGCAUGGCGAUGUCGACGUCGAGCAGAGCUCUACUGCUUGGGUCCAUCUGCAGAAACAGAAUGAACGCUUGAAAGAGGCCCUGCUCAAGCUUCGAGACGUCACUACGGAAACCGACUACGAGCAACGACGAAGGAUUUCAGACUUGGAGAAAGAGCUCGACUCCCUUGCCGAUGUACAAGAUUCGCGAGACGCUCUAGCGGCGAAGCUUCAGGCGAAUGAAGCGCAGCUGGACGAUGUCAAGACUCAACUCGACGAUGCUCUUGGAGCCGAAGAGAUGGUUGAGCAGCUUACAGAGCGGAACCUCUUCCUCGGAGAGCGCAUGAAUGAGCUGACAGCGGGCAUUGAGGAGCUCGAGGCUCUCAAAGAGCUCAAUGAGGAACUUGAAGAGAUCCACCUCGAGACUGAACGUCAGCUGCAAGAAGAGGUCGAUCUCAAGGAAGUUGCCAUACGCGAGUGGGAGGCGCGAUGUCAAGCGCUUGAGACCAACGCUGUCGACUACGAGGCAACCUUCUCGCAGUUCAGAGAGCUUGUGCUCAAUUUGCAGAAUGAUCUCGAGGUUCUACGGGCGGAGCGAGAUGGCCUCCUGGAAGAUGGCCAGAACGCAGCCAGCUUGAACAGUCAAAGUCGGGAGAUGCUGAGCUUGAACAUGAAGCUGCAAUCCUCCGCUCUGAAGUCUCAAGCGAGAACGAUUGAGAAUGAGCUCGGACGAAUGAAGUUCGAGCAGGCGACCCUGCAUCUGGAGAUGCUCAUGCCAUACCUGCCACCGCCUUUCGUGGAAGAGGGCGACCGCGAUGCCCUGUCUGGCCUGCUGUUCUUCAAGCGGAUGUCAUCCAAAGCAGAUCUCAUCAGGAGCAGUGUCGAGUCGAAGCACGACAUCGCACAGGUGAUCGGGUCUCUGUCAUCAGAGGUGACUACUGUCGGUGAGGACGGUGUGCUGACCUCCACCCAGAAAGUCCCAGAGCACCUCGUCACCGUGUGCCAAUUGCGUCAUUCGCUGGCACACUUCUCCGCCGUGUGCAGCUCAGUCGUCGCAAUGCUUCGAUCGGCUCCUCCCAAGGUCUUCCUCAAAUGUGGGCGGAUGUUCAAGGAAGUCCAGGCUGCUGUUGAAGGUCGAGUCGACGCUUUCGUCGAAGCCUUGCGACAUGAAGAAUUGAAGGAGAAUGAGUGCAAUGUCGACUUCAAGCGCAUCGUACGUCAAUUUGAAGACCUCAGCUACGCCUUGGUGGUAUCGCAGGAAGAGGAGAUACAGGCUCUCCACCAACAAGCAGAGAGUGGGGGCUCUGUUGAGCUCUUGCCAAGCUACGGCGAUGGCGACCUCGCAGCAAAGGAGGUCGGUAGCGCUACUCUCCUUGACCUCGAUCUUGAUACCUUGUCGGCAUCGCUCUGGAGCGCUCAGAGUCUGCUGGCCCGUGAGAACAUUGCUUGGCAGCUACAAGGCAAGACCGUGCGGGGCGACUAUCUUGAGCCCCUUGACCGUCUCUUUGGUGACGUCAAAGCUGCAAAGUUGCUCGCGAAGAAGCUGCUUCGCCGCCUAUCAAGCCUUGCCUCGAACGACGAGGCAGUGUCCAUGGCUGCGAUUGGCAAUUUGCCCUCUCUUGGCCGCCUGAGCUCCAAGCUUGUCGCCUUUGCCACUACGCUCGAGUCUGCCGUCCUCGCAUACCUCAACGAGACAAAGGCAGCAGGGUCAUCCUUCGUGCUCACAGACCUCUUGAGUACCGUCAAGGCUGCAGCACGUGAGCUGAGCACGACUGAUACCGAAGAAGACUCCGGCACAAGUCACGCGGGCACGGACGAUCCAUGGCAAGAGGCCAUUGCUGCUACCACGCACCUGUCUGCCACUAUCAAUGGGUUGGUGAUGGGCGCUACCGAGCAGGACAAUGUCAUCAAGAUCAGCGGUAUCGUUCCCUGGGAGCCCCGUUCGAAGGCUGUGCACGAGAUCGCGUCACACAACGUUGAGCUGGAGCGUCAGGCGUUGAGGCUUCAGGACGACCUGCGCGAUUUAUACCAGCAGAUCAAGGCGCGAGAUAGUGCUCUGCAAGAAGGUGCUAUCAAGCUCGAGCGUCUGAACAAGAAGCUCGAGAAGAGCAAGGGUCAAGACGAGGAAAUUGAGGAGGCGAGAGCUCGACUGAACGAAGCGCGUCAACAAGCCAAGGCGUACCAAGAUGCGAAUGGUGUUCUCCAAGCUGAAUUGGAGGCAUUGGAGAAGGUCAAGGAAGCGCUGGAUACUCAAAUCGCGGCCAAUAAAGCUCGAGAUGGUGGCAAGGAUACCCUCAAGCCUGGGACGAUCGGAGGCGCAGGAUCGCCUUCGGAGUAUUCUCUGCUCCCCUCAGCCUCCGUCCUUCCUGCAAGUCACCUCGAGACUCAUUACCUCCUCGAUCAACUAGACGCCAUGAGAGGCGCUUUGAAGUAUCUACGCGAAGAGAACGCUCUCUUGCUCUCCGCUGGCUGGACAGCCGAAUCCUGCGGCCUGGCACCCCUUGUGCAUGACCUACAAGUCGAAGUGGAGACGGCAGGUGCUCCCGCUGAUUCCCUUGCACAAGCAGAAGCGAGCCUGACGGGCCUUCCACAUAAGGCGAAGCGUGCGGGUCCCACUGAUGAUGAAUUGAGGACGGUGGCCAGUGAGAGGAAGAGCCUCUACUCUAGUCUGCUGCAGCUAUCUGCCAGCCCGAAGGUCGUCGUCCUUCCACCCAGGCCUACCGUCGCGGAUACCAGCGAGAGCAACAAGGAUUCCCCCGCUCCUGGAGACGCUCCACGCGAUCCUGCUGCCAUGAAGCGCAGGGUACGACCCUGGCAGCCUGCGUCGAAGCUCCCGAGCCGUCAGUACGAGGCGCAACAAGCGCGUGUGGUGGAUCUCGGUCUACGCUUCCAGAGGCUGGUCGAGCGAAGUCGACCUCUGGGAGGUACGAUGGAGGGGUCUCUCUCACUAAGAGCUAAAGCGAUGCAGAUGCCAGUGGUGAGGAGUCUGAAGACCUGAAGAAGGGAGAGAUUGGAGCGGGGCAGCGGCCUCUUCUUUUACGUGCGGUAGACUUUUAUUUCAUCUUGUAUACUAUCAUCAAAUUCAGAUCUUCCCAAGGUCAUCUGUCACCUUGAUAUCCACGCU